GGUGAAUUCAAAUCUGAAGCGCUACAAGUGCCGCAUGAUUGCCGUUUUUCACAUGUGAACUCUGGCGAAUCCUGCAAUGACUAUCAACACUGGCGAGAUGAAGCCACGAAACAGUGCUCGGCUAAGACUUUCAAUGGAAAGGGAAUGACUGUGCGUUCAUUCGCUGUUCUCGAACCAUGCAGUCUCGACCUGUUCACUGGUGUCGAAUUCGUUUGCUGCCCCACAGUUGGUGAGUUCCUUUAUUAUAUAGAAUUUUCAAAUCCUCUUCGUAAAAGUUAG